AUGAGAAGUAACUUUACUUCAGUGAAUGAGUUUAUUCUUCUGGGACUGACCAGUUAUUGGGAAUUACAGAUUGUCUUCUUCCUGCUAUUUCUGGUCAUUUACAUGGCCACAGUGGCAGGGAAUCUGGGCAUGAUUAUACUCAUCCAUGUCAAUGUCCGGCUCCACACACCCAUGUACUUCUUCCUGAGCCACUUAUCCUUUGUGGAUCUGUGCUUCUCCACCAAUGUGACUCCAAAGAUGCUGGAGAUUUUUCUCUCAGAGAGGAAAACCAUUUCCUAUUCUGCUUGUCUGGUACAGUGUUAUUUUUUUAUUGCCUUGGUCCAUGUGGAGAUCUAUGUCUUGGCCAUGAUGGCCUUUGACUGGUACAUGGCCAUCUGCAACCCUCUACUUUAUGGCAGCAAAAUGUCCAAGAAUGUCUGUACAUCCCUCAUCAUGGUGCCUUAUGUGUAUGGAGCUCUCACUGGGCUGAUGGAGACCAUGUGGACCUACAACCUGGCCUUCUGUGGACCCAAUGAGAUUAAUCACUUCUACUGUGCUGACCCUCCACUGAUUAAGCUGGCUUGUUCUGACACCUACAACAAGGAGCUAUCCAUGUUUGUUGUGGCUGGUUUCAACUUCAGUUAUUCUCUCCUUGUUAUCCUCAUUUCUUACAUCUACAUAUUUCCAGCCACUUUGAGGAUUCGAUCUACAGAGGGUAGGCGCAAAGCUUUCUCUACCUGUGCUUCCCACCUGACAGCUGUUACCAUAUUCUAUGCAGCUCUUUUCUUCAUGUAUCUCAGGCCCCCCUCAGAGGAAUCUGUGGAACAGGGGAAAAUGGUGGCUGUGUUUUAUACCACAGUGAUCCCCAUGUUGAAUCCCAUGAUCUACAGCCUGAGGAACAAGGAUGUGAAAGAGGCGCUAACUAAAGAACUAUUCAGAAGAAAAUUGCCUUUGAAAUAAACUUCAGUGCUCCUAUUGGCUAGAUUUUUUUAUUUGUUUGUUUGUUUUUAAUUUUAUAUAGCCUAUGAAUUAUUCUUAGGAAACCCUGGUGCCAUAGUGGUUACAAGCUACAUCUGCUAAUCAAAAUGUCAGCAGUUCAAAUCCACCAGGCCCUCCUUGGAAACUCUAUGGGAUAAUUCUACUCUGUCCUAUAGGAUUGCUAUGAGUCAGAUUCAACUCAAUGCCAACAGGUUUUGUUUCGGUUUUGGUAUGAAUUAUUCUUAGGGCUUAAUCUAAAAAUAAUUUGCCCAAACAUGGAUGGUUGUCUUGAGUGGAUAGGGAAGGGAAUAAGUCCUUAUAUUUCCAUUCAUUCUAUUCAAUGUUGACACUAGACCAAAUUACAUUUUCAUCUUUAUGGAGAAAUGGUGUCAUUACAUGAAGUCAUGUAUAAUUUUUUGCCGCUUAAGAGAAACUGGAGCAUGAUAGCACCAGUUAUAUUUUGUAAGAAGUGAUUUAUUUUCCUCAAACAAGUCACUUAGUAUUUCACCUAGGUUAAAGACAUUACAUUGUAAUGUAGUCAAUAACAUUCUGUGUGGGUUGG